AUGUCACCGUCUGCCAUCUCGGACAACCACAGUUCCUCGGGGGCCUCGGACUACGCCGUCCAGAGCCCCUCUCCCAACUUCAGCGGUUACGACCACGUCACUUGGUGGGUGGGCAACGCGAAGCAGGCCGCGGGCUUCUAUAACACCUUCUUUGGGUUCAAGACAAUCGCCUACCGCGGACUCGAGACGGGCAGCCGGUACUUUGCCUCGUAUGUUGUCACCAACAACGAUGUCCGCUUCGUCUUCACGUCGCCGAUCCGCUCGGCCAAGUACCUGCCCGAGGACGAGCCGAUCUCGCCCGAGGACAGGCGCCUGCUGCAGGAGAUGCACGAGCACCAGGAGAAGCACGGCGACGCCGUCAAGGACGUCGCCUUCGAGGUGGACAACGUCGACGGCGUCUACGAGAAGGCGGUCGCUGAAGGCGCCGUGUCGGUCCAGCCGCCCCUGACGACGGGCGACAAGGAGCACGGCUACGUGCGCACAGCCGUGAUCCGCACCUACGGCGACACGACGCACACGCUGAUUGCGCGCCAGAACUUCCGCGGCGCCUUCCUGCCGGGCUUCCGCGCCGUCAAGGGCGGGGCGGGCGCCGCGCCAGACGCGCUGCCCGAGGUGCCCCUCGCGCGCAUCGACCACUGCGUCGGCAACCAGGACUGGAACCAGAUGGUGUCGGCCUGCGCCUUCUACGAGCAGUGCCUCUCAUUCCACCGGUUCUGGUCGGUGGACGACAGCCAGAUCUGCACCGAGUUCAGCGCGCUCAGCAGCAUCGUCAUGGCCAGCCCCAACAACGUGGUCAAGAUGCCCAUCAACGAGCCGGCGCCGGGCAAGAAGAAGUCGCAGAUCGAGGAGUACGUCCUGUUCAACAGCGGGCCGGGCGUCCAGCACAUCGCCCUGCUCACCCCGGACAUCAUAUCCGCCGUCAGCGCCCUGCGCGCCCGCGGCGUCCAGUUCAUCGACGUGCCCAAGACCUACUACGACACCAUGCGCGUCCGCCUCAAGACGGAGAGGCGCGACUGGGAGCUGAAGGAGGACCUGGACACCAUCGAGCGCCUCAACAUCCUCAUCGACUACGACGAGCGCGGCUACCUGCUCCAGCUCUUCACCAAGCCGCUCAUGGACCGCCCCACCGUGUUUAUCGAGAUCAUUCAGCGCAACGACUUUGACGGCUUCGGCGCGGGCAACUUCAAGAGUCUGUUUGAGGCCAUCGAGCGGGAGCAGGCGGAACGGGGGAACCUGUAA